UCUUCUCCCAUGCUGAAUAUAAAUAUGCAAGCUGUUUUCAUUCACCGAAUGUUCCCAGACCAGGCUCAGCAAUAUGAGGGGAUUCUUCAAUUACUGCAGCAUUUCAAUUGGAUAUGGAUUGGGGUGAUUUGUCAGGAUGACAACAAUUCAGAGAGAUUCGUACAUAAUGUUCUACCCAUGUUUGAGCAGAAGGGUAUCUGCUUUGAUUUUGUAAAGAGAUUCACUAAAUUGAAUGUUUUUCGAGGGAUCGCUGCAAUGAUGGCUGCAGGACUUGAAAUAAUCGAUGUUAUUGUGCGAAGCACGGCCAAUGUUGUGAUUGUGCAUGGUGAAAUUCAUACGAUAAUGGAAAUGAGAGUGUACUUCAAGAUGCAAGGGACACAGGAGAUGCCAAGGCAAAGCCUAGGAAAGGUUUGGAUUAUGACAGCCCAGAUGGAUUUCACUUCAUAUCCCUUUCAAAGCUGUUGGGACAUAGGUUUCCUCCAUGGUGCUCUAUCUUUUGCCAUUUACUCAGAGGGUAUCACAGGAUUCCAGAAAUUUAUUCAGAGACGACGCCCUGCCUCAGAAAAAGAAGAUGGCUUCAUCAGAGUUUUCUGGGAAGAGGCAUUUAACUGUUCUUUUCACAAACCAUCUUUGGAUAAGAGACAUGAGGAGUCAUGCACUGGGGAGGAGAGGGUUGACACGCUUCCUGCGUCUGUUUUUGAAAUGAGCAUGACUGCCCACAGCUAUAGCAUCUACAACGCUCUAUAUGCUGUGGCACAUGCUGUGCAUUCCAUGCAUUCCUCCAAAUUCAAACAUGGGACUAUGGAAGAUGGAAUAAGAUCAGCCUACGUGGACCAACAGCCAUGGCAGCUCCACGGAUUUCUGAGAAGGGUCUCCUUUAACAAUAGUGCUGGGAAAGAGGUUUCUUUUGACCAGAAUGGGCAAUUAAAAACUGAAUUUGAUAUUAUCAACUGGGUCACCUUCCCAAAUGAGUCAUUUCUUAGAGUCAAAGUUGGAAUGAUGGACCCAAUGGCUCCUCUCAAAAAAGGGUUGACCAUUUAUGAUAAUGCCAUUGUGUGGCCUAGCCAGUUCAACCAGGUACAACCCCUUUCUGUGUGUAAUGAGAAUUGCCUUUUAGGUUAUAGUCGGACCAAAAAGGAAGGAGAGCCAUUUUGCUGCUAUGAUUGCCUUCCAUGUCCAGAAGGGAGAAUUUCUAACCAGAAGGAUAUAGAUGACUGUUUUGAAUGCCCUGAAGAUCAAUAUCCAAACAAUGGCCAGUAUGAAUGCAUUAUGAAAGCAAUAACCUUCUUGUCUUAUGGAGAACCUUUGGGGGUUAGUUUGGCUGUUUGUACUCUACUCUUGUCAUUCGUCACUGCUUGGGUGCUCUGGAUCUUCAUUAAGCACAAAGAAACUCCCAUAGUCAAAGCCAAUAAUCGGAACCUCACCCAUACUCUCCUCAUCUCACUCCUGCUCUCAUUCCUUUGCCCUUUGCUUUUCAUAGGCCAGCCUGAGAAGUUUACAUGCCUCUUUCGACAAAUUGCUUUUGGCAUGAUCUUCUCAGUGGCCGUUUCUUCUAUUCUGGCCAAAACCACCACAGUGGUUCUAGCUUUCAUGGCCAACAAACCAGGAUCUAGGGUAAGGAAAUUGGUGGGGAAACGAUUGGCUACCUCCAUUGUUCUUUCCUGCUCCCUUAUUCAAGCUACAAUUUGUAGUGUGUGGCUGGUAACCUCUCCCCCAUUUCCAGGCCUUGACAUGCACUCGAUGACUGAAGAAAUUGUGCUUGAAUGUAAUGAGGGUUCAACUAUCAUGUUUUACUGUGUCUUGGGAUUUAUGGGUGUCCUUGCCGCUGUCAGUUUCACAGUGGCCUUUUUAGCUAGGAAGCUACCGGACAGUUUUAAUGAAGCCAAGUUUAUCACCUUCAGCAUGUUGGUCUUUUGCAGUGUGUGGUUAUCCUUUGUUCUAACCUACUUGAGCACAAAGGGAAAAUACAUGGUGGCAGUGGAGAUCUUCUCCAUCUUGUCCUCCAGUUUUGGGUUACUGGGCUGCAUCUUUUCUCCGAAAUGCUAUGUCAUUUUGAUGAGACCUGAGUUGAACAACAAGGGGCAGCUAAUUAGAAGAAAUGACUAG